AGUACUUGAACGCAACAUCUCCCACCUCGGGCUCCCCACGGCCGUCCUGGUUACCAUUCUUUCCUUCAAUAUAGCCCCCCAGCACUGUAUCCCCUGGCACAUGCAACCAUGAAUUCCAUCGCCUCCGCAUUCCGGUCCGACCCUUCGGGUACCGCCCCCAAGCAGCACGGAGCUGUCCCCAUGCUCGAGCUCAAUGACGGCAACAAGAUCCCCAUGCUCGCAUACGGUCUCGGCACCGCAAACUCCAAGCAGGCCGCAGAUGAUGUCAUCAAGGCCACCAUCACCGCCAUCAAGGCUGGCUUCUUCCACCUCGACGGUGCCGAGAUGUAUGGCAACGAGAAGGAGCUCGGCAGGGCCAUUGCCCAGAGCGGCGUGGACCGGUCCGCACUCUACGUCGUCACCAAGCUCGACAACAAGCCCGAACACAUCGGGCAGGUCGACAAGAUACUCACGGGCUCCCUCGAGCGCCUCGGCCUCGACUACGUAGACCUGUACCUGGUCCACCACCCAGCCAUGGCGGGCGGCGACCCGGCGAGGCUCCAGGGCUUGUGGGCCGAGGUCGAGGCCAUCAAGGCCUCUGGCCAGGCGCGCAGCAUCGGCGUGUCCAACUUCCUCGCCGAGGACAUUGAGAUGCUCUUCUCGGGCGGCAAGGUCAAGGUCGUCCCCGCCAUCAACCAGAUCGAGUUCCACCCUUACUACCAGCGGCAGCAAGUCAUCCAGCUGUGCCGGGACAAGGGCAUUGCCAUCAGCGCCUACGCUCCCCUGAGCCCCGUCAUCCGCGCCCCGGACGGGCCUCUCCACGCGAGCGGCCUGCUCCCGGGCUUGGCCAAGAAGUACGGCGUUAACGAGGCCGACGUCCUUCUGCGCUGGUGCAUCGACCAGGGCAUCGUUGCCAUCACCACAAGCUCAAACGAGACACGCAUCAACAGUUACACCUGCAACAUUCCAAAUUUCAAGCUCACGCCAAAGGAGGUCGAGGACAUCUCCAAGACUGGUAGCGAGACCUUCCGCCGCUUUUUCUGGUCGCAGAAGUUCGCCGAGGGCGACACUAGGUAGAGAUGGUAUCGCAUUCUACUCGAAAAGCAAAUGUUGCCACCGUGAUUUAUCCGACGGGGCCCAAAUGUGUCAUCACCUAAAGGUGAAAAGAGGCCCGAUAUCGCAACAUCACCCUUGUGUCUAGGCACAUCAAGUUAAGGCCAAAGGGCGCACAAAUGUUACAACAGAUUGAAGCGAUUGUAUGAAGCUGGUUGAACGAUCAUAGAACAGGCGCAAUGCCAAAUCAAUUUUUUGAUGUACUGGUAGCUAUUGCUACGAGCAGAUCCAAACGCCUCCCGCCCGUCUAAGGCUAGAAAUACAUCCGUGUGGACGGAGUCCUCCUUUUCAUAACUGCGUUAACAUGUCAUAAGCGUGU